GGGCUACCGGAUACAAGUCCCACGCAAUCUGUCUGAACGAGCUUUCGUGCUCCUAAUGUUUAAUCAAUGUUUUAAAAUGUCCCAACUGUACAAAGAGGUGUUAUAAAUGUUUACACGCUGACAAGAUAACACUCAUAUGACAUUGCUUUGUGAACUUACAGCUCCAUAAUAUCUCAACUUAUUUUCAAGGUGUGACAUAAUCAGAGGUCCCGACCUUCACAGCGAACAAUUAUUUAAAACCUUCUUAGAUUUGUUCUGUCUGCACUCUUGGUUCGGACGCUGUAGUGACUUCAGGCUCGCUGUACGCACAUUUUACGCGUUUCCGUGUCGCUUUGGACCGCUGAUGGUCAACUCCAAAGAGAGCAGAGAGAUGGAAGGGGGGAAGGUGCUUCCCCAAUACAUGGCAGCAAUAAUAGUGAACAUCGCGGCCUUCAGCAGCGGCUCCGUCGUCGGCUGGUCCUCCCCCAUGCUUCCAGUGCUGCAGUCGGCCGACUCGCCGCUGGAUGGAGGGCCCAUCUCCAACGAGAUGGGGUCCUGGCUCGGCUCCCUCAUGUGCCUCGGGGGGUUGGUCGCCACGCCUCUGUACCUCUUCAUUUCAGACCACUACAGCCGGAAAUGCACAGGCUACCUGGUUGCUGCGCCCUUCGUCGCCUCCUGGGUCCUCGUCAUCACUGCCGAGUCAGUCGCCAUCCUCUGCCUCGCCCGUUUCAUCGGCGGUAUGGGGUCCGGCGCCAUCAUAGUGUUUGCUUCUCUGUAUGUCAGCGAGACCGCUCAAGACACAGUCAGAGGGGCUUUAGGAAGCUACCUCACGCUCUUCACAAACGCCGGGGUACUCUUUGCGUACAUCUUAGGGUCCUAUGUACAUUAUUACACGUUUGCCUAUAUAGCAAUGCUACUUCCGGUAAUAUACACUCUGGGAAUGUUAUGGAUUCCGGAAACACCCAACUACCUCGUCAACAGAGAAAAAUACUCAGAGGCGGAGCGAAGCUUGCGGUGGUUAAGAGGAAAAGACGAGAGGCUUGUUGAACUCGAACUAAGCAAAUUAAUCAUCUUCGCAAAAGAGCAGACUGAAGCGGUGUCACUCAAAGACAUGCUGUCUGCAGCUGGAACGCGCCGAGCGCUCAUCAUUGGCGUCGUCCUGGCAGCAAACCUCCAAUUCUGCGGUAUAUUUGCCAUCCUGAGCUACACGGUGAACAUCUUCCAAGCGGCAGGCAGCGAUCUGUCUCCGAACUCUGCGACUAUUCUGAUAGGUUCCCUGCAACUGGCUGGUUCUUAUGCCUCGUCACUUCUGAUAGACAAAGCUGGACGGAAAAUUCUCCUGCUGAUCUCAAACAUUUGCAUGGCGUUGUGUCUCGCUGCACUAGGCACUUAUUUCUUCGUCAAACAUCAAGGUUCGGACGUCAGCGACUUUGGCUGGCUACCAGUCGGCUCUCUGUCCGUCUACAUAAUCGCGAUUGCCCUGGGAGUAGCCCCAAUAACGUUCCUCAUGGUGUCCGAGAUAUUUGAACCACGCGUUAAAGGCAGAGCCAUCGCUAUAAUCAUAUCCAUCAUGUGGUUGUUGACGUUUCUGAUAGGCAAAUUCUACACAAAUCUCUCCGAUGUCUUAGGAAUCUAUGGUUGUUACUGGAUGUUUUCGGUGUGUUGCGUUCUCGGCGCAAUAUUUACGCAGGUCUCAGUUCCAGAAACGAAAAACAGAAGUUUAGAAUCCAUACUGCUUGAACUCAGUGGAGGAAGGAAGGGUCAGAACCUCAAAAGCGUUCAAAGUGAAAUUUCAGUCCUUUGAAAUUAUGUUACGUCUCUGAGAACAAACAACACGACAGUCCCAAAAAACAAAAUAUGCAAAUAUUGAGGAGAGACACGUGCCAGACGCUAUACGACGAAAACACGUCGAUCUGACUGACUUCAGGAACUAGAUGCCAGUAUGAUGGGUCAUCAUCGCAACGCGGAGGAGCCUCUGAAGGAAAAGAGUUCAAGAGACGGCUGUUUACUAAAAACAGAAACAAUGAACUUGCCGUGCCAUUUAAUCAACUCCUUUCAUCUGUCCCUGAAGCUUUAUCCAGCAGAUCUGAGUGAAUACUGGAGUCGUCCAUUACACUGACAGACUUGAAUUUCGACAAGUAUUUUCUUGUGAGAUAUUCUCCCUUUUGAUUGAAGCCGUCCGACUCGGUCACUGCAUCGUACUCCGGUGUAAGAUUUGCCAACAGUUACGAAAAUUUAAACCAUUUCGUAAGCAGAGAGAGAGUUUAGCGGGGUGGUCGGCUAAAACUGCACCAGCCUAGUCGCGAAACUACUCCUCUUUUAGUAAGCGUCAAAACCAAGAACACGCGGUUCUAAGUCCCUGUGCCUGAACUAUAAUUUUAAAAUACAUCAGUGAUUAAGUUUCGGUAAUGACAAGUAAACGCAAGGCACCCAAAACCCUUAACAGUGUCAACACGCCAGCAGGCUACGUGCAGAGCUUAAGGCAGGAAACUUUGUUUAUGAUACACUUAAUGACGUUUUCAACAGUUCAGACCGCACAACGCCGAAUGAAAGGGUGAUUAAUGAAUAAUGAAUUUGAAAUGAUGUAGAAGGAAGCGGUCGUGGCCUAACUGGAGGCAGUAUCCGGUCAUUUUCCUGGAAUAAAUUAGAAAAAUCACGAAUACUCUCAGCCACUGUUUCAGGGUCGAGACUUGAACCCGGGACCUCCCGAACGCGAAGGAAUGCUAACCAAUCGAUAGCGGCUUUCAGUACAAACAAACCAGCGUAAAAUUGGAAGUACAGGACAAAUUAAUUCAUUGGAACAGCAAACGAAUUAAUAGGAGUGAAAAAAUGCACUCGUAAGCGCGGCCAGAACUUUUUAAAAGAAAACGAACGGGAAUGAAUGAGGACACGUUGAAGAGGAAAUGUCAGCUUAAUAGAAGGAAUCCUUUGUUACAACAAGAACUCAGCAAUGCUGCACGUGAUUUGCAACGGGGAACAACAUCACGUUAAAUUAUAUUUACAAAACAAUGCUCUAAGAAAGAACGUCACAUUUUACUAUUAAUUUAUAAAUUAUAAAUUUGAAUUUUUUUUAUUUAUUUACAGUUUACAUUUAACAACGCUUAUUCAGCAGCUGAGACUAGACGGCGUCGAAUGAGAGAAUGAUAGUGAAUAAUGAACUGGAAGGGAUACGGAAGGAGGCAAGCACUGACGAUGGCUUACAAACAGCAACAAAUUAUUCAGGGCCACCCAAAUGAGCACUCUUAAGCAGUGGGAGGUGCUUAUUCGGAAGCGAGAACAGAAACGACGCAACUGAGCUUAACAAGAUGGCACACAGAUACCGUACUGAGUUUCUGAGCGUCGGAUAAUGCAUCAAUAAUUACAGUCGGCGAGUGGCAUUGUUCUGUAAACUCGGAUACAGCGGCAAUUUGUAAUGCAAACAGACGUGAGGAGGAAACGCCUGUCAUGGCACGGGCUAAACGAAAAUUACAGAUAUAUUAUUACAUGCCGAGAAAAUAUAACAAAUUUAUGACAGGCCACCACUGAUUUUUUAAAAGUCGACGUAUCAAAUAAAAUUUUAAGCUAAGAAGGAAAAAUGCGAGCUACCCACAAUCCUUUUCGACGUCUUUGUUAGAGUUUAUGGCAUGAAUUGUCAUCAUUAACAUAUCUGCUGAGCAGCUGUUGGUUGUUUCAUUACGUUAUAUUUUGAUUUUGGGCUAUCUUUGUUGGACUUGGUGUAACAUUUUAAUAUUUUGUAUGCUAACCCUUACCGUCUGUGAAACCUAAUUAAUAUUUCAAAUUGUACUACUCUGUGCUUUGUAUUUUACGACGUAUUCCAUAUCCUACAGCCAACAUGGCUAACUUCCCGAUCCAUGGAAUUUGUGUAUUUACGUGUACGAGACUGUUAUGGACUGGCCAUGUAGCUCGGAUGGAAACAAUUAAUGAAUGCAGAAUAUUCGUGGGAUAGCUUCUUGAAAAGAGAUCACCUUAAAGACAAAUAAGGAGGGUAUUUUUUUUUGUAAAGUGUGCAAAUGCAACUCUGGGAAACAGAGUGCGAGGAACAUGUUCAACGGUGUUAGCUGUGGUAAAAUUUCAACUCGUUACCACCACCAGAGUUAAGUUAGUUAGAACUGGAUCCACCGAUUAUGGCCGCUGACCUCUAGGGACAGCCCAGUAUGCGGACCACUCAAUGAAGAAAGUUGUUUCCGUCGGUCAGUACAGUCUGUGGCAGUGCAGAAGUGUGGAAGCCUGAUAAAUGUUGUCUUGUGACUGAGUUGUGUUAACAAAUGGCACCUGUUCGUUGGAGUCUCCUUUCUGGUCAUUGAUAACGCCUCGUAUGACAAAACCACCGAAAUCUAACACAAAGAAGGACGAAAUGAAAGCCUGGCUAUUGGAAAUAAACAUCCCAUUUUGUGACAACUGUACGAUUUAACCAAAUUAAAUAAAUCAAAGCACAAAUAUUAUGUUACUGAUCACAUUUUAGCAGACAAAGAACGUCCUGUGCUGAGACUUCCGCCGUACCUUCCCGAUUUAAACCCCACUGAACUUAUUUGGGCAGACGUAAAACAAUGGGUUACAAGGAAGGACAAAACAUUUAAGAUUAGGGACGUCGAGCGUCUGUGUCGCCAGAGAUUCGAAGAAAUUGGACAUGAGGAAUGGGAGGUCACGAACUUCGUAAAAACGUUGCACUGUGUCAGCUUCGAACUUGGAAGACUUCUCCUUCCCAGAGGCCACCUGCAUCGAGGUGUUAAUUCGCUGCUGGGGUUAACCAAUGACAUCGGAGCAUCACACAAACAGAACGGAACGUGGGAACGCGUGUUCAAGAAAGUUCUAUGCGUCGUUGCACCUGGAAGCACUUUUCAGCACAAGGGCAGCCCCGUUGUCCUUGAUUAUUCGUCAUUUCUUAAAGGGCUGUCGAAGCAAACACAGAUUCGAGGUCAAAAGUAAAGCUGUCCUGCUUGCUACACGCCAUAUAGGCGCUUGGGGUGGGAUUUGUCCUGGGAGGGACAAAAGAACUAACUUUUUGGAGGUCUGUGAAUACACAGAGAACAACUGGAAAUAUUAAGAAUUGUAUGGGUUUUCGCAUUAGUAGGUUGGCGAGACUGUAUGUUUGUUAUGCUCAUUUUGGGCGAUGUUGCCCCCUCAACUGACAGAACUACUUGUAGCCUAUUUUGACGUCGUUAAUAAAUUUGGUUACUGCAUGUAACAAUUAUA